AUGGAAUCAACGAACCCAAAUAACCCAAAUCAUCACCGUUCCACAGACGCACGAUAUGAUUUCUUGCAUAGAUUUGGAGUCACCAGUGGGGAGGCUGUCCCUACCCCAAUUCUGGAUAUGAGUCAGCUCAGGUUGCUUGUGCAAUGGCAGAGGGAGACGUAUAAAACCUUUUCUCGUGGAGAGGAAACCAAACAUGUCUGGCUGGUUCUUGUAGUUGAAGAAGCCUUACGGAACCCAUUCCUGAUGCAUGGGAUCUUGGCUAUGUCCGCUUUGCAUAUCUGUCUCACCGAGGCGGACCCUGAGAAGACAUUCUGGCUGGAUCUGGCAUCAGCACAUAAGAGCGAGGCGCUUCACUCAUUUGUGGGAGGACUCACAGAUAUUAACUCAACAAACGCUAAAGCUAUGGUGAGCUUUGCUGGACUUGUCGUUGCUUUUGCCUUUGGCUCAGCGCUCACUGGGUCCCCGGAAUCUGACAAGCCUAGCCUAGAUGCGCUCAACAAUAUCUUUGUUCUAUGCCGCGGUGUCCAGGAAAUCACCAAUACAGCUUUUGGCCACCUGCGGCAAAGCACAUUUGCGCCACUUUUUGAUGCGCGUCUGCCACACACUGCCGUUCCUAGUCGUGUGAAGGAAGCCCUUGAGUACCUUACAAAGCUCAACGAAGAUUGCAGCGUUGAGAGCAGCCAUCCGACAGCUACUUAUGUGCACGCCAUUGAGACCCUGCGGGACCUGUCAGCGUACACUUACGCACAACCAGACUCGCUAACUUUGGCCGUUGGGUGGGCCAUCAAAGCAAAGCCCACAUACUUGGAUCGUGUACAGAGGAAAGAACCUUUCGCAUGGUAG